CCUACGACUCCUCCUCCCUUCACGUUUCCCUUCCCUCAGACGCGCGGUGCGUUUUCGAUGUUUUCCCGGUUUUCCGAUUUCCAAUCCCAAACAUUAGUCUGUCUGUGCUCAUGACAGUAUUGGUAGACCACGCGUACGCGUAUGUUCCGUCCACUCCGACUGUACCACCUGGAGUGGACAGCGAAGAAGAGGACAUACUUCGCAAGCAUGUCAAACACCUUGAAGAUAAAAAUGAUCGGUGGACUGGAUAUCUUGUCAGUGAAAAGAGCCUGCGUGAGAUGGAGCGCGAACUUCUGACAAUCGGCGUCUCAUUCAAGACUGCGACGUCCCAUUAUCGUGAGGCAGAUGACCAGAAACGCAAGCUGAUGUUUAGCCAGAAACGAGGCAAUCUGCCAAUGUCACUGAGUGCUCCAUUUCGUGUCCUCUCUGUGGUACAAAGGGGCUGCUUGUUCGGAAAAGACAAGCACGGAACACAAGACAAGCGUUCUAACAUUCAAACAUCGUCAGGUGAGGACCCUAAAGUAGGCUCAACCCCAGACACAUUUGCGAAACGGAAAGCCAUAAUUGAGGGAACAAAGAAGAAGGGGUGCACUGCAGCUCUGCUUUUGAAAUAUGUAGAGCUCUUUCCAGAUUUUGAGGUCCACAUCACAUCAGAAAUGAGUGAGAAGAAAAAGAACACACUGAAGGCGGAUGCCCUUGGUCGCUUGAUGGAUGGGCUAUCCUCAACUACAAGACCCACAUCAGAAUCUCGUAUCUACUUUGUGAUGUCCAAGAGGUCGAGGCACAUCAAUCACAAGGUCGACACACCAGCCUGCCUUGGGCAGGCAGUCGAGUUCAUCGCACACAUGGUACUACAGAAAGGCGACACGAGGAAGGAGGAAGACGUUCCCGACGAAGACAACCCCGAGGGGCCGAAUUCCGUCGCGGCCGACGACAGGCCAGCGAGUUCCUACCUGGACCUGCGAAGGAAACACAAAAGGAGGAUAUGCGCUCACAGGCGUAAGCUAGUAGCUAAGGUGGAGAAGAUUAAGCAGAUGGCAAUGUGUUGCACAGACCUGGCUAUCCUCAAGGAAGUCAACAGGCUCCUGGAAGAAGCGGAGCAGCUCCUCGUGCAAGGUACGCCAACCGCGAGAGGACCUGUGGUGCGAGAGUCGCCAGUGAAAGGAUGUCCAGGACAGAGGAGACCAAGGACUUCACGUUUCCUGCAGCUGGCACAGAGCAAGUCGAAGCACGUGGAACGCUGGAGGACGCGCCGGCGGGUUGGAAGAACGGAGGAACCGAAGAGCCCGAGCGUGGAAGUGCCCGAAGUGGCGAGCGUCGUCGUCGUCGCCACGUGCACGUGACCAUGAGCGUUUACAUAGUUUGUAUAAUACAUGAACUCUUUAUGGUGAACUGUGCCAGAGGAGAGUUAAAGGUUCUGCUGCCUUGAACAGUACAACCAGUGAGGAUCCAUCGAAGACCACCACCUUGGCCUUACUCUCACUGGCCACUUACUUUGAUAUUAGAGCUUUAUUUAAACGUGGGCUAGGCCAAUCAUCCUCCAUGCUUCUUUUAAACAUUGGUAAACACGCAAAUAGUUCUGACGUUGGAGGAGCAGUUACAUGUGUAUGCGUAUUGCUCAAACGUAAAGGGUUCUGUUAAUUCUACAUGCAUCUACAUGGUGUCCCAGGAAAAUGUGACCAUAUAUUUAAAAAAUAUAUCUAUCACUUGUUCC